CGGCAGCGGCACCCCUGCGACUAAGGGGUGGGAAUUACUGGCAAAAAGAGGGGGUGCCUUCGUCUACCCCAACUUUAGUUGCGAACGUGCGCGUCACCUAGACGGAGUUGUUCUUCUUUUUCACGUUGAAACCCCCGUAAACUAAGUCUAUCAUCAUCCAUGUCGUUGAAGUUUACAGUCAAUCAGAUUAUUUACUAAACACUUAUGGCUUUAGCCACUUGUAUUAAUUCGUACGAGUAUCGUGAACAUAGAAAUAUCGAUUUUAUAUAUUUUUUUAAUGAUAAAAUGAGAUAUUACUUUAAUAAAAGAAGCAUGUACUCCUCCCGUGACGUUUGUAAUUUUAUCCGGUACGCCUUUCGAUAUCGAUUCCAGUAAACUCUACGGCUUACCAUUGCCCUUCUCUCUUCUCUUCUCCCUGUCAAGAACUUCACUAGAUUAUACCAUCGUUCUUUUUCGUCCUUUCAUACACCAUACGAUUUAUUACCCUCUUAGAGAAACGAUAUUUAUAUUAUAUAUAUGUAUAUAUAUAUAUAUGUAAACGUGGACGCGUUUGAAUAUCGUUUACUUUUAUAAAUACUUUCUGCAAAGUAUCAUCACUUUUUUAUUUUUUAUGGGGAUUUCAACGUAAAUUUCUCUAUCACAAUGGGAAAGCUUCGUAUUGAGAAAAUUGAUGUAUACCAGUGUGUAUCGUAUGACAGGGGGAAUGCAAUAAACGAAAAAAUCAGUAGUCUGCGAAUCCAUCGUACUUAACGAAUGAACGAAUGAAGAGUGAAUCAAUCAAAUUACAUUUCGUAUAGGAGAUAAAGAAAAAAGAAAAACAAAUAUAAUAAAAUAAAAUAAAAUAAAAUAAAAUAAAAUAAAAUAAAAUAAAAUAAAAGGAUUAUUCUACCGAUUCUCUGGGCGAAGAUCGAAUGCCCAGAAUGACCACAGAAAUUUUUCAACAUGGCGGUAAUGAAUCUGUCUACUCUUGUCAGGCAACAACGCAAGGUGUGAAACGUAACAGGGAACACCGUACCGUUGUAAAUUGGACGAGAAAAUACGACGUUGAAAAUAUAAAUUAAAUUGGAAACAAGAAAAACAAACAAACGUUGCAACACCUGAUAAAAAUUUUCAUUUAUUUAUUUCAUUUAAUUAUUUUCAUUAUUUCGUGUCACAAAAAAGAAGAAAAAAAAAACACAGAUAAAAGUAUCGCCUGAUCACGAAGAUUUUUUCGUAAUAAAUCGUCAUCAUGAAGAUAAGCACACAAGAAAAUGUAAUAAUAAUUUUCUUCUAUAGGAGACAACGAAAUUAAUCGGUAUCAUCAUCGUCUGGAAUAAAAAAAAAGCAAAAAUAAAAAACAAAAGAAUAAACAAAAACAAAAACAAAAAUACAAGUUGAGGAAGUGGAGAUGACUUGGUCAUUCGAAUGGUCAACGCUAGGAGUAUUGAUUCUUCUUCUCCUUAACUGUGGUACAUCAAGAUCAAUCGCGAGUAUCAACGAACCACCAAUUUUAUUAAAAGUCAUAGUUCCAGCAUCUCACGUUGCACUGUCCGGUGAUUUAACAAUUUUUAUAUUAGAAUCAUCUCAAGAAAGAUUUUCAACUAUUCCGAACGAAAUACAAACGGAAGAAAAAGAAAUUGUUGAUGAAAAUACUACUGAAAGUUUUCAUUCGAUUACGAAUAAUCCACUUAUUUUAAGAGUAUUAUUUCUGAAUGGGUUAACAUCGGAAUUAAUCGGUGAAUUUCCGUUGGAUACUUUACCGGAAAAAGGUGAAAAUGUUACCUUGACGAUACCAUGCGGAUAUUUUUCAAGAGGUGGCACUUAUACUUUGCAAUUGCAAUAUAAAUUUUCCAAAAUACCGUCAAAGAUAACCGAUAUCGCUGAUUUGUCGACCAUUCAGAUGAGCAAUGCUUUAGACGUAAAGUGGCCAACACCGUCAUUAUUUUUGGAACGUCAAAGAUUUACAACUUAUCCAAACGUAUCAAUAUCGGCUACGUUAAGGUACAAAGAAAUCUUUUGCGAACCUUCGGAAAAGGUUCCAGCUGCGGUGUACACGUUACAAUUAAUUUAUUGCGGUUCCAGUACGGUAGCAUGCGAUCCACAAAACAAAAGUCGCGUUCAAAUACUUUAUCAUGAAGAAGUAAAAGGAUUCCCAACGGAGAAGCAUAUUAUUCUACAUUGCGAAUAUUUUGGGCUUGCCGGUGAUUAUGCUAUUAGAUUAAAAGCAUCACCAGUUAAUCCUAAUGCACCUACGAUUAGUGCAUAUAUCAAAGUCGAUUGGUCGGAAGAGUUUGUCUUCAGUGUUCAUGCACGAUCAAUUUAUCCAUGUGAAGGACCAAGAGGAGUACCAGUUAUAUUCGAAUAUCCAUCCUGUCGACUUCAAGGUGAUCGUGUGCGAGUUUAUGGUCGUCUUAGGGCAAAUGUUCAAUCGCUUGCACCACCUUCCACCCUUCAUUACAUAGCGGAACUCAAAGCUGUCCCGGGGAAACACACGUUGAACUUCGAAUGCGACAUAUUUAAGGAAAAAUUUAUCGAAUAUUGUUUCGUUUAUGUCAGUCAAGCGAUAACAGGUGCCAUGGCCGAAGUGAAACUUUCUUGUAUUCCAACGUUUCCAUUCAAAGAAAACGAUGCCGGUGGUUGGGGUUCGUGGAGUCCAUGGACACCAUGCAGCAGUUCGUGCAUCGGUGGAAUUAGAAAUCGUUAUAGAUUUUGCGACAAUCCACCACCUAGAUACGAUACUAAAUUUUGUCAGGGUAAAGCCGUUGAAACGGAAUCCUGUGGUGGAUCGUUAUGGCUUGGUUUACGGGAUACAUGGAAUAUGGCUGAUUGGGAUUGUCAUCAUGGUACCGAAUUAGCUGCUAUACGACCGGAAGUUACCGCACAAAUCGGAGUUAAAUGUCGUUGCGGAUGUUUGAUCACGUUAGGGGAGGAAACAUCGAGAAAAAUGUUAGCAGCCAAUACGCAGGCCUGUCCUGGCCGAUCUUUCUGGUUGGUAGAGGCAAGGCAAAACUUCCUAGUCAGAUUGCACGUAGAUCAAGCACAAUUUCCAUGCCCAGGACAAUAUUUUCGCGUACGCGAUGGCGAUUCAUUGAGCGCGAAUCUUUUAACAGAUAUUGCCUUUGAUAAAUCUCUUCCAUCAACGAGGACAAUUAUUUCUACCGGUGUACACUUAUUGUUAGAAUUCUUCAGCGACGAAAUAACAGCGGCUGGCGAAUCUUGCGUCGGUGGUUUCCUAGCACAUGCUGUCAUUAUUUAUAAGCCAAGAGAAGGGAACGAAACGUUAAUGUCGGUGCCUUUUAAACAUAAUUCCACGUCCGUUGUCGGUGAAUGGAUAUUUUGGAUGACACCCGCCCAUUUAGUUGCGGCGUCACUAUUAAUGUUAAUAUUUUUCAUAUCUAUUUCUCUAGCAUUGCAAUUUGCCUUUAAAUAUAGGAAAUAUCAUAUCGCCGAAGAUUUGGAUAAUUUGAGCGAAUAUUCCGUAUGUAGCGAUUCUGGACCAAAUACAGUCAGACGCGAGAAGACUUUAUCUUCCGCAACUUUAAUCUCCGAAGUUGUUUCUUUGGUCAGAUUAUCUAGAAGAGGUACACCCAAUCAUAUGAAACUUGAAAGCACAUCUUGCGGAGCUGAAGAGGAUUAUGAUAGUUCUGAGACACAAGCAGAAUACGAGGAUGAAACUACUGAAAAAUCAGGUACAUUGAAGUUAAAUGAUUCUGAAACUAGUGGCUCACAAAAUACUAUAGUUUCUAGCAAGGACAUUACCGAGAGCGUAUCUUUCAUGUCGAAUAUCGUUUUUGUUGGUCAGCCUGAAGUGAAAUAUGCCAGACCAGUGAAAUUACGAACGUUAGGAUUGCAAAGUCCUACCUUAGAUAAAGAUUCAACGAUAGACGAUAAUAAUAAAAUUCAAAUAGUAUCGGAAGAUAAUACGAAUAAUGGAAAAUUACGUCAAUACGAUCCUACGAGCAAUGUUGUUUUGCGAGGCAAGGAAUACUCUCCCGUACGAAUGUAUUCGAAUGUCGUCCCAACUUUGCGUACCGGGAAGGAAACGAAAGAUCGUAGAAAUCGGGAACGUUUACUUCACGGGCCAGGAUCGGAAUACAGUAUAAUUAAUCCCGAAAUGGAUUUGGAAUUGGACUACUAUGACUACAAUGUUGCGAAUGCAGGUGCAGCUCCUGGUUCCUAUCUGGGUAUGGACCCAGCUUUCUUAGUCUGGAUACCACCGUUGUUGUCUUCGGAUUCUGAUAUCAUUCCCAUGGAAAAUGUAGACGGUCGUUUGAUGAUGGAAGGACAACUAGGAGGAAGAGAAGGACUGGUGCUAGAUACGGAAGGAGCUACUUUAACUCCAAGCGAGUAUAGAAGAAUGAAAAUGUUGAUACCUGGCGAAUCCAAAUCCAAUUUAGGUAUUUGUCCUAAUACCGAGGAACAUCAAGAUGAUAUAUUAAAGAAAUGUGAAUCCAAAGGAAACUUUCUUUCGGAUGAGGACUCUUAUGAUGGUAAGGAAAUGUUGAUUGAACGGCUACUUCCUAUUCAUCGAAUACUCGAAGAUUCUAGAAUCAGAGUGAGCGAGGAAUCGUUGUCCAGUCAGGCAUUUAGAGAUAGAACGAUAAUUCAAAAUAUUAUUCCGAAUCGACUUUACGAUAAUACAACUCCUACUUCUAAAUCAGAAACUAAUGUAUCGUCAGACAAAAUUUUCGAUCAAUCGUUGAUCGAACAAAAACAACAAACGAAUCUUCCGAAUUCGUCGAAAGAUAAUAAUCGAUGUGGUGGUAUUACCAAUGUUAAUAGUGUCGAUAAUAAUAUCGUCCAGGUAGAUGAUAAAGAUAAGAAUGUUAAAUCACCAUUGAACGUUAAACGUAAUCGUUCGGAUUCUAGUUAUUCCAAAUUAUUGUCAUACGUUGGAUAUAAACCAAAAAAUAGUGUCAUUCAAACUGACGAGAAGAAAAACGAGGAAUUAAUCGUUCCUAAUGAAAAUAUUAACGAACAGAAUACGAAUGAUAAUGCGAAGGACAAUGAAAAGUCCAAAUCUUUGCUAUCUAAUCUAGAUCUAACGAAUGUUAUGCAAUAUAAGUACAAAGAUUUCACUAAUUUCACUCAAGCCUGCUGCGAAAAUAACAAGAAUUUAGAUAUCGUUAAUAUUCCUAUGACGGAAUUGUCACGAGGUUGUUUGAAAUCACCGGUUAAAGUGCACAGGCAGCAGCAGCAGCAGGUGGUAGAUAAGAAAAGGAUAAUUGUACCGCAAGAAGAAAUUCUAAGUCCCGAUUAUGGCGUUGAAACUGAUAUGAAGGACGAAUCGCACGAAUCUUUUUACGAUUUAAUUCGAGAAUCUGAGAAUGAAAUUAAAUACGCGGACGCGGACGAGGACGACGAAUAUAUCGAUAAUAAAGUCAGUACAUAAAAAAAAAAAAAAGUAAUGUCAAAUCUAAAGAAAGAAAGAAAAUGACAAAAAUCAAAAAAGAAAAUCAAAGAAAUGAAUGGGGGAUGAUGUUCACCGUACUCGCCACCUUUUUUAAAAAAAAAAAAAAAGAAAGGAGCUCCGUCCCAAAGUAAUUUCAAUCUUCGUGAUCUUAUUUAAUUUCAUAUGCCAAAGAAAAUUCAUCUUUAAUUGUAAAUAUUAAUUAUAUACAGUGUCUCCUUCCCUACCUAUCGUUACAAAAUAGUAAGAAAGGAAAACAAAAAAAACAACAUUAAUCAAUGUGUCUAAUAGCACACUGCAAUGAUUCAUAGAAAUAUUGUUAUAGUUCUUGCAGCUACACUUUGAGAAAUGAAUUACUAUGUAAGUAUACUUACUAUAUAUAGAUCGCCAUACUUCCUCUACUUUGCUGAACUUUAGAUACGUUAAACGACAAGAUUAAAGUGAAGAAUCAAAGGAAAAAGAACAAAAAAGAACAAUAAAAAGAAAUGAAAAAAAAAGCAGAAACCGUGCCUUAGGAGAUUAAAGAAUUGUUGCUAAUUGUAUUAAUUCAUCCAUUUGUAGUAAGUUAAUUGAAGUCAUUCAUUAUUAAAGGUAACGUAACACACUUUAUCGAUGCUUUAUUCUAGAAUCUAGUGAUUUUUCAAAUUUCAAUAUCUUAAUUUAAAUAAUACGUAGGACCACACGAAUUAGUAGUACAUCAUCACGUAAACAUAUCACGAGGCGUUUAUUAAAGCCUUAUUAGAUUUAAAAUAUUAGAAAAUCAUUGAUACCUCAAAAACAUUAGAACAUUCAAUUUUCGCUUAAAACAUUCAAUGUAAUAUACUUAUAGCUGUAUUACUUAUAACGAUUU